AUGUAUUUUCAAAUAGAAAAUACUCCGGAGAAUAUUAGGAGAGCAAGGAGAAAAGAAAUCGUCCAAAAAGAUUCACCUAAAGAAGCAUGUCCUCGUCUUAUUUUAGCCCCGUUUUCGAGACCGCCGCAAGUUCUUUUUGAAAAUGUUGUUAUUGGAACAUCUUGUGAAAGGAAUCUGGAAAUAUUUAAUCCGUCCAAUCAAAUACAACAGAUAGCACUGGGCCGUUCCUUGCCUCCUGGAUUAGUGAUAGAUUUACCUGAUGAUUGGCUUUUAUUAGAACCAGAAACAUGUUACUGCCUCACGAUGAUAUGGACACCGAUGCAGCCAUUAUCUCUUAGAGAAACCAUUCGUUUUACAAAUGAGAAUAGAGGCAGAUAUGAUGUGAUAGUAGUACUGAAGUCUGUUAUGAAUAUAAAAGGAAAAGGAGGCCAACCAAAAACAAUGAAAAUUUCACCAGGUAAGAUUAAAAAGAAAACAAAAAAAUCGCCAGUUGGUUUUUAUAAGAAGAAAGCCGAGGUUGUUUACAACUCGACUAAAAUCAAAACUACUGUCAAUAUAGUUCAAACAACUCAACACAAGAGUUACAAGUCUUCAGAAAAAGAAAAUAUUUCAACGCUAGAUCAUACUGUUGACACCUAUCCUAAAUGCCCCUUUGACUCCCCCACAAACAUUGAUUUUUAUUUUAAUACAUCAGAAAUAUUUUCCAAUAUGAGAAAACCUAACAAUGAAAUAUUACAAAAUACUUAUGAUAAGACAUUUGAUAUGAAAAGCAACAAUAAGCCACAAUCUCCUAUAGAAAAAAACAUUUUAAAACCAUCAAACAGGCAAGUGAAUACAUCUAUUUCAGAUAUUUUUGAUAAUUUUAACUUUACUCCUUUGAAAACCCUGCCAACAAAAAGUGAUAAACUAGACAAGGGUCCUAAGAUAAUACUCAGUAUGAAUUCUGAAAGUGAUUUUGACGACAGCUUAGAUAUUCGAAAUUCUAACAAAGAAAAUGAAAGUCACUCAUUAAUAUGUAUAACAUCGUCACAGCCCCCUAAUAAAUGGCUUACGGUAAGCCAUUCACAACAAGACAACACUUGUACGGAAAAUCCUGCAAUACCAAGUAAAAAAAUACCUAAUACAUCAUCUCCCAAGGAACUUAACAACCCGAAUUUCUCUAUAAAUACGGAAUUUUCACGAAUCAGCGAUCUUUCGUUUUGUCCCCAAAGGUUUUCAACCGAAAGAAAAAUCUUACCCAAAAUGCAAAACGACACUCAAGAACUAAUUAACGACACUAAUCCUAAUAUAAAACUGAGCUCUGACACAUACACAAAGGAGUCUCCAAAUACACUAAUUGGACACCAUCAGAUGGACGAACAAACUCGCAAAAUAGAACAACAUCCAAAACUAUGUAGACAAUCUUUGUUCAGAGACAAUCAACAUUACAGAGAUAUAUUUGAUAAGAAUUAUCUAAAUUUAAAUGAACAUUUCAUGGGGUACACUGAUUUGAGACCAGAAAGAUCACCGCCACGGUGUCUUUCUCCUCCUUUACAGUCGAUACCCGAAGAAAGCGGUCAAAUAUCCGACACGCAAGUUCUCGACAAAACAGACAAACAAAUGACAACAUUUACUAUUAAUCGUACAUUUGAUAAAACUACCGAUGGAAAUAAUUUUUCUGCUCUUUCAAGACAAUCUUGGUCAAAAAAAGCUGUGAGGGCUGAAUCAGAUCUCUGGAAAGUUCCGAUUCUAUUGACAAAAAAAAACAUGAAAGGCAAAGGCUACGUUAAUAAAGAGAAAGAUUCGAUCUCUGGCAAGAUAUCAAACACGACGUUUGAGGGUAACAAAGUCAAACAAAAUGUAUCGCUCAAUCAAGUGGGAAAUGUUUACUCCCAGUCUUUCACAGUUGAUCCAUUCUUGUCGUCAACAUACUUCUAUGAUGAGGGGGCCGUUGAUAAGUUUGAACAAGAAUUUAAAAGAUGGCUUAAUUAUAUCCUUACUCCUCCCGCGGAUCUCGAUAGUAACAUCGAUCAAAAAAUUGACGUGGGUAAAGCUUGGAUUGAAAAUAGAAACAAAGAAGUACCAGCAGCUCCUACCAAAGAGCAAGUCAGUAGCAGAUAUCAUAAUAGGCACAGAUUGGAAAGUCUCCGGCGUUCCGCCAGAGCUAUGUUAAUGAGCUCGGAUAUGUCACAAGUAUUUAUGAAAUUAAAUGCGCAGAUAGAGAAAAAACUUAUAGCUAUAAGAAAUGACAGAAAUCUUCACCUAGAUGUAGGAUUACAAAAAGUCAUAAUGGAAUUGUUGUUGUCAUACAAUCCAUUGUGGCUUCGUAUUGGGUUAGAAGCAAUCUAUGGACUCGUUUUACCGCUAAAGUCUAAUAGCGAUAUUGAAGGCUUAACAACAUUCAUAAUCCAAAGAAUGUUUAAAAACCCAUAUUUAAAGAACAAACAUUCUAAAUCAAGCGCGCCGAAUAUGCUCUUACCUGCUUAUAUGGAAGCUAUCAAAAAAUUUACGCUCAAAAAGUUUUUCAUGCUGGUGUUCUUUCUAGACCAAGCUAAACAAAAGAAACUGAUAUCGCAUGAUCCUUGCUUGUUCUGUAGAAACGCCGUUUGUAAAGAAAGUAGGGAAAUCAUAAUACGUUUCACGCGAGAAUUGAUUGCUGGGAUCGGGGACAUAACUAAGCAUUUACGUCCUCUCGGUUAUGUCGUGUGCCAUAAACAGUCUUACUUAGACGAAUUUAAAUACGCUGUUCACAACAUCGCUACCGAUAUAAGAGAUGGAGUGCGAUUGACUAAAGUUGUGGAAAUAAUUCUAAUGAAAAAUGGUUUAUUAAGCCAGCUGAGGACACCAGCAAUAUCGCGGUUGCAGAAAAUACACAACGUGCAAGUUGCUCUUAAUGCUUUGAAAGAAGCUAAUUUUGUGAUAAUGGGUGAUAUAACGGCUACCGAUAUAGCGGACGGGCAUAGGGAGAAAACAUUGUCAUUGCUGUGGCAGCUGAUACACGUAUUCCGUGCUCCGUUAUUUGUAAAAGCUGCAAAUGUUAUACAGACUUGGUGGAGGAAGAAAUACUCAGUCAUUGUUGAAAAAAGGAAACAAGAGGAAGAAUUAAGACAGCGAUUAAACAACGCCGCCAGCACAAUUCAAAUGUGGUGGCGUAGAAUUCAAUAUAAUCGCAUGGUUGAAUUUAAAAUGCGACAAAUAACUUAUGCCACUAUCACCAUACAGAAAUAUUUCCGCAGAUGGCUGUGUCGAAGUCGUUUCCUAAAGAUGAAGUCUAAUGUAUUAAGAAUUGAAGAUUGGUAUUUAGGAGUAAAAGCGAUUAGGGUAGCGCGUAAUAUUCUAAAUACUUAUCGUUUGAAACGAGAAGAACAAAGAUGUAAAGCAGCUACUAAGAUCCAAGCACAUGUAAGGCGCUGGAUUUGUGUGAAACAUUUCCGAUUAAUUGUAAAUAAAAUAAUAUGUUUGCAAAGUAUUGUCAGAUGUUUCCUUACAAGAAACCGUUAUUUGCGCUUAAAGAAGUCUGUUUUGUACAUACAGGAAAAAUAUAAAGGCAAAUUACUCAUGAAAGAACAAAUGAAAAAGCUAGCUGUAAAAAUAAAAAGUAUUGUCGCAAUUCAAAGUUAUUAUAGAAUGGCUAGACAGCGCAAAUUAUUUUUGGGCUACAAGAACGCAGUAAGAACUAUUGAGAAUCAUUACAGCGCAUUAAAUAAAAUGAGGAAAGAAAGGACAAAUUAUUUGCUUUUAAUAAAGGCGACACUAAAGGUUCAAUCGAUUUAUCGAGGCAAAAAAUGUCGCACUGAAUAUAUAAGAUGUAGAAAUUUAAUCAUUUAUGUACAAAGAAAGGUUAGAGCGCAACAGAAUAUGUUAAAAGAAAGGAAGAAAUAUUUGAUGACCCGAAAGGCCAUCUUGACCAUACAGAGUUACAUAAGAUCUUACUUGGCAAUGAAGAAAGCGAGGAACGCUUAUCUUAUACAGCGGAAGUCUGCAAUCAUGAUUCAAAAUUACUUCCGUACAUGCAAAAUUGCUAAGGCACGAAGAGAAAAUUACACACAGUUGCGGAGUGCAGUAAUUAAACUACAGUCGCGGUACAGAAGUCUGUUGAAAAUGCGCCAAGAAAGGAAUCAUUUUAUUAAACUUAAAAACGCAACUAUAGCUUUGCAGAGACAUUAUCGAGCUCUCAUUUUAAUGAGGGAGUGCAAAAAUAAAUACCAAACAUUACGUAAAGCCGCAAUAUUUAUUCAAGAGCGAUACAAAGCUCUAAAGCAAAUGCGUGAAAAACGAUCUGAAUAUCUUAAAAUAAAAUUGUCAUGUAUUAUAAUUCAAAAUCGUUUUAGGGCUUAUCUACUAGGAAAAAUUGAAAGAAAAAAAUAUGUUAAAUUAAGAGAAAAUGUUAUUAAAAUCCAAAAUUGGUACCGAUCUUGUAAAAAAAGUAAAGAAAUUAAACAUCAGUACGAAAAAACUAAGCAAGCUUGCGUGACUAUACAAAAGAGGUAUAAAGCUUACUUAAUUAGUAGAACUGUAAGACACGAAUUUAUUCGUGUUAAAACAGCUACCACAUACAUUCAAAAAUAUUAUAGAAAUUACUUAAUAUCAAAAAGAAUAAGGCAGGAGUUUAUUACUUUAAAAGCAGCUACUAUUACUAUACAAAGGUUUUAUAGGUCGUAUAUAGAGACAAAUAAGCAAAGGGAGCGUUACUUGCGUUUAAAAUUGGCUGUCCUAUUGAUACAGAGUUACUACAAAAGUUAUAAAGAAACACAAAGAAUUAAACAGGAAUAUAAUGAGCUUCGAGCAGUAUCUAUUAAUAUUCAAAGAAAAUUUAGGGCAAUGCUUGCAAUGAAAAGAGAGCGUGAACGGUUUUUAAAAAUGAAACAUUUAGUUAUUGUUGUACAAAGACGAUACAGAGCAUUAGUCGCGAUGCGAUUACAAAGGUGGUCUUACUUAGAGUUACGGUCGGCUGUUAUCGUCGUACAAAAGAGAUUCAAAGCACAAAUGUUGAUGAAAAAAAAGAGAGCAGAAUAUUUAACUUUGAUAGAAUCUUGCAAGAAGAUUCAGCGAUUCUACAGAGCAUACAGAGCAGGUAAAGAACAAAGGUACAGCUAUUUAUUAUUGAAAAAUGUAACAAUCAGAGUACAACAGAAGUACAAAGCUUUGCUGGCAAUGAAAAAAACAAGAACUAAUUACUUAUUGCUUCGAUCGUCUAUUGUUGUUAUUCAGCAAAGGUUUAGGGCUUAUAAACUCAUGAUAAAAGAACGCCAAAAAUAUAGAAAUCUCUUACAAGCCAUCGUUAAUAUACAAAGAUAUUAUAGGUCGUAUAUCCUUUGCAAAAAGGCAACACAAGAAUACCUUGAAAUGAAAUCUGCUGCAAUCGUAAUUCAAAAAUACUAUAGAAGUGUCAUAGAAAUGAGAAAAAUCAGAAAUAAUUAUAGAAAACUUCUCGAUACUGUCAGAUUCGUGCAACAACACAUAAGAGCUAAAAAUGCCAUUCGCGAAGCACGUCGUGAAAUAGCAGCUAGUAAAAUACAGAAAUGGUAUAUUUCAAAAAAACUUCGUAAUAAAUGUCGAAGUGAAUAUUUAGAAACGAGAAAACGAGUUAUUAUGAUACAAUCAGUUUUUCGCAUGCAUAUUAAGCGUAAACAAUACCAAGAAUUAAAACGCGCAACAAUUACAAUACAGGCUUGUUAUCGGUUAUUUAAACUAGCUAGAGUUCAAAGGCAAAAUUAUAUAGCAAUUAGAACUGCUGUUAUAAAGUUGCAGGCGUUUGUGAGAAGUCAUAUUCAGAGGAAACGCUUCUUGAAAAUUCGAUCAGCUGCUUUAGUCAUACAAGCACUUUAUAGACUAAAAAGGCAUAAGGUUCUUAUGAAGCAAAAAAGAGAAGUUGCUGCUUUAUGUAUACAAAAAAAUAUAAGACGUUAUCUUGUGAGGAAAUGGUACAAGUCCUACAAAGAACAUGUGAAAUUUAUACAAUUAUUAUGGAGAGGGAAGCUUGUCACAAGACUGAUCCGUUGGGAAUUUUUGCAAAAGAGACGAACAAUAAUAAAACUGCAGGCCAUUGCGCGAGGAUAUCUAGUCAGGAAGAAUGUUCAAUUGCAAAAAGAGACCCUACAGAAACUAAAAGAAGAACAAAAGCAAAAUUGGGCUGCAUCUAAAAUUCAGGCGCUCUUCCGUGGACAUCGUGCUCGAGUCAAAAUCGAAGAUCGAUGCGUUCACGUUUUGCGGCGUAGGUGGCGCGACGGCGCUCUGAAAUCUACGCAGCAAUCGCUAAAGGAGCGUAAUGAAGAAGUCAUGGAUGUGCUCGGUAAUAUGUCUGAUAUUGAGACAGUUAUCCGAGCAUUCAGGUCUUUAGAGUUAUUGACGGAGGUAUUCCCGAUGAUGUACAACAAUAACGCAUUAUCUAUUGUGCGUCGUGUGUAUGUCUACAUGUCUGUUACAAACAGAUCCAUUUCUAGUAUUGAGGUAUUGAAAUCCGCCGCAUCUGUGCUCGUUAACUUGACGAGGUACAAGAUUACCGGGCCUAAAAUAUAUGAGAGAGAUCGUAUACCACCGGUACUGAAAUUUAUGUGGCGAUUUAGCAAUAGCGAAAUUCAUUUAUUCUGUAUAUUAUCAACAUACUUAUGGCUGUUUUCAAAGUACGAUGGUAUUAAAGAGGAUCUCACACAGUUUCUUCACAUUCCUGAAAAUCAUAAAAUACUAGUAACAAUAAAAGGUAAUGUUGAUAGAAUGAAGAGAAUGGCCAACAAUGUAACGAAAAAUCGGUUCCACACUCCACAGCCUUCUAAAUUCAUUUCACAUACAAGUAACCACUCAUUUAGGGACAGUAUGAACCAUAGUAUCUGUAACACAAGCAACAUUGCACAUAUGCGUAAUGUUUUAUUGCCAGCUUUGGAACCUGACUACGGAAUUGUAAGAGCCGACAAACCGCGGUAUUUUGAAGAUGCUCAGCAAGCUAUUAAUUGCUUAUUUAAGACUUACAAGUUAUAG